GUAAGCGUAGGAUAAAAAUCGGACACUCGAGAAACGCCGGUGCCAAAAGAGAACGCUCCGUACAUAAUUCUGCAAACGCAACUCUCGUCUUCUUCAAACUUAAAAUUUUCCGAAACCCCAAACACCGUGAGGAUUGCAUGGCCUGAAGAAGCGCUUAAUCGAGAAUUGUGCUGGAAUUCUCAAUUUCCAGAUUUUCCCUCCCGUUUUUUCACACUCUCGGAAUCGGAAAUUGCCACCAAGCUCGUGAAGCGAUAGAUUCUGACCAUCUCACUUUCGCGCAGGUUGUUAGCGUCUUUUCCGUUUUGUGGUUUCAGAGAAUAUGAAGAAAGAUGAAAAGAAUAGUUCGGCGGGGAGAACCAUUUGCACCAGAUCCCUAGCAGCUUCAAUUCCUGCCUCAGCUGAACACGAAACCCCUGGUUUGAGGAGGUCAAGCCGGGGAGCACCAUCUACAAAUCUAAUAACUCCAGCCUCUGCUACUAGAAAGUCAGAGAGACUGGCUCCCUCACCUGCUUCUGUUGCGAUAAAGUCCGGUGGAAUGGAGAAGAAUUACACACCAAGUCCUCUGCGAAGGUCCAAUAGGGGAAAGAAUGUAGUAUCCUUGCAGAAUUCCAAAGGAUCAGAUAAUUCUGGCAGGAACGCAGACACUUCAUCGUAUAUUGAGCAGAGGAAGGAUAAAAGGAAAAACAGUGUUGAAGAGUCGACAAAUAAGAUCAACAAACAGGGGCCUAUAAUGUCAGCCCGAAGUUUCAGGGCGUUGUUUAGAGGGAAGCUCAAGGAAUCCGAGGCAUUAGUUGAUGUUUCUCCAAAUGAAGAGGAACUAGUAGUUGUUGGUUGUUCUCGCCGCAUACCUGCAGGCAAUGAUGAUGCUCAAGGUAAAACAGAUUGUCCACCACCUGCAAAUGCAGGAUCAAAAAGGCUGCCAGUUGGCGAAACUAGUUUGGAGAAGGGCACUGACUUUCCUUUGAAAUCGAUUACGGACACCGAAAAUAUGGUGCUUGAUGCAUCCCCCAUAGUUGAAACUGGGGAUGGCAGUGUUAUUGGUUCUCCAUCUGAGAAUUUAGAGACGCAAAAGCCUCAAGAUGGUAACACAGAUUGUCCACCACCUGCAAAUACAGAAUCAAAAAGGCUGUCAGUUGGCGAAACUAGUUUAGAGAAGGGUACUGGUAUUCCUUUGAAAUCAGUUACGGAGACCGAGAAGAUGGUGCUUGAUGCAUCCCCCAUAGUUGAAAUUGGGGAUGACAGCGUUAUAGGUUCACCAUCUGAGAAGUUAGAGACACAAAAGCUUCAAGAUGGUAACACAGAUUGUCCACCACUUGCAAAGGCAGAAUUAAAAACGCUGCCAGUUGGUGAAACUAGUUUAGAGAAGAAAUAUCCACAAAAGUUUCAAGAUGGUAACACAGAUUGUCUACCACCUGCAAAUGCAGAAUCAAAAAAGCUGCCAGUUGGCCAAACUAGUUUAGACAAGGACACUGAUUUUCCUUUGAAAUCAAUAACGGAGACCGAAAAGAUGGUUCUUUAUGCAUCCCCCAUAGUCGAAACUAGGGAUGACAGCGUUAUAGCUUCACCAUCUGAAAAUUUAGAAACCCAAAAGCCUUUUGUCAGUAAAACUGGUUUAGAAACCGACAUAGGUUUGCCUUUGAAAAGAAAAAGAGACACUGCAGGAAUUGAGCUGGAUGCAUGUGCCACAGUUGCAAAUGGAGAUGACCACGUUAUGAGUUCCGAUGGGGUCAAUCCAUCUCCAUUUGGGUGCAAAAAUGAUAAUCAACCUGAAAUGUGCAACACAUGUAAAAAACGGCAAAAGGUCAAUGGUGAUUUUCAAAAUCUGAGUGUUUGCUCCUGCAUUGCCCAGCCAGUUGAAGAAUCUGAUCACUUGACACAGGAUAUGAAGGAAACUGGACCAGCUACGAGCAGGGAAUAUGAGGAGAACGGGCAAAUGCAACACGGUAAAUCAAGUGAACCCAAAUUGUAUUCUUCGAUGUACCCAGAGUAUUGGGUUCCUGUGCAGCUAUCAGACGUACAGCUGGAGCAAUACUGUCGGACUCUCUUCUCCAAAUCCUUAUCUCUUUCUUCACUGUCGAAGAUUGAUCUUGGAGCUCUCGAAGAAACUCUCAAUUCUGUAAGGAAAACCUGUGACCAUCCAUACGUUAUGGAUGCAUCUUUGAAACAACUGCUCACCAAGAAUCUGGAGUUGCAUAAAAUCCUGGAUGUAGAAGUUAAAGCUAGCGGGAAACUUCAGCUCCUUGAUGAAAUGCUUACUCAUAUAAAAAAGAAUGGUUUAAAAGCAGUUGUCUUCUACCAGGCAGCACAAACUCCUGAAGGGCUUCUGCUUGGUAAUAUUCUCGAAGAUUUUGUGGGUCAUAGAUUUGGUCCAAAAUCUUAUGAGCAUGGGAUCUAUUCCUCAAAGAAGAACGCUAUAAACAAUUUCAACAAGGAGAGUCAAUGCUGUGUUCUGCUGUUGGAAACACGUGCUUGCAGUCAAACCAUUAAACUCUUGCGGGCUGAAGUGUUUAUUCUUUUUGGAAGCAGCUUGAAUCCAUCGCAUGAUGUUAAGCACUUAGAGAAGAUAAAAAUUGAGUCAUGUUCUGAAAGAACUAAGAUAUUCCGGUUGUACUCAGUAUGUACAGUUGAAGAAAAAGCCCUGAUUCUGGCUAGGCAAAAUAAGCGGCACCAUAAGGCUGUAGAGAACCUAAGCCGUUCUCUCACGCAUGCACUGCUCAUGUGGGGGGCGUCGUACUUAUUUGAUAGGCUGGAUCAUUUUCACAGCAGUGAAACCCCACAUUCAGGAGCUUCAUUUGAACAAUCUAUUAUGGACGGCGUGAUUCAUGAAUUCUCGUCCAUACUUUCUUCCAAAGGUGAAGAAGAAAAUGAAGUCAAGUUGUGUCUACUUUUGGAAGCCAAGCAUGCUCAGGGAACUUACAGCAGUGAUUCUACUCUAUUUGGUGAAGACCAUAUUAAGUUGUUAGCUGAAGAUAGUCAUAGUCCAAAUAUAUUUUGGACAAAGCUGUUGGGGGGAAAGAAUCCUAUGUGGAAAUACCCUUCAGAUACUCCCCAAAGGAAUCGAAAAAGAGUUCAGUAUUUUGAGGGCUCUGAAGAGAGUCCCAAAAUUGGCGAUGGCGGAAAUGCAAAGAAGCGAAAGAAGGCUUCUGAUGAUGUCACUGAUCCCCCUGUAGAUGAUGAUGAAAGAAAGGCCUCUGGGAAGGAUCACAUAGGGGCUUUGGAGUCACCAAAAGUCAUAGCACUCCAGUCAUCAUGUAAAUCUACUUCUGGUGCAGAUGGUACACUGGAUGGAAAUGAUACUUAUGGCUUGUAUUCUAUGGGCGGUCAUAUCUCUGGAAUUCCAGAGGGUAUGUUAGCUGGUCAUGAUUGGAGAAAAAUACCGGGUGAAUCACAGAGGAGGCUCCACGCUGUUUUAAAGCUGAAGAUGGCAAAACUUUGCCAAGUUUUGCAUCUUUCAGAUGCUUGCACAAGCAUGGUCGAAAAUUUUCUUGAAUAUGUUAUUGAAAAUCACCAAAUCUACGAAGAGCCAGCCACCACAUUGCAGGCAUUCCAGUUAGCCCUGAGUUGGAUUGCAGCCUUGUUAGUAAAGCAAAAUCUUAGCCACAAAGAAUCUCUGGUCCGUGCAAAAUCUGAAUUAGCUUUCGAUUGCUCUAGAGUAGAGGUGGAUUAUAUAUAUUCGAUAUUGUCCUGCAUGAAGAGUCUGUUCCUGGAGCGCACACAAGGUUUGCAGUUCGAUUGCUUUGGUACUAAUUCUAAACAGUCAAUGGUUAGCACACAACUAGUGAAUGAAAGUCUCUCAGGGGCUACAGUGCGUGAGGAAAAGAACAAUACGAAGUCGAUGCGUAAUAGUUCAGAGGAUGAAGAAUGCAUUACUGAGAGGAGAUGUAGCCAUUAUAGCACAGCAACAGAAGAUGUCGAAAAGACUAUUAGCGACAUAGAAAAGAAAUGGAAGAAGCAAGUGCAAAAGCUUGUACAAGAGCACGAGGAAAAGAAACUGGAGCUGUUAAAUAUGUAUGCAGACAAGAAGCAGAAACUUGAAACUAGGAAAAAUGUGGAAGCAGCAGUAAUUCGUAUUACGUGUUCACGGACCAGUACUCAAGUGGAUGAUCUCAAACUGCUGGAUGAUAAGUUUGAAAGAAUGUUUGAUGAAAUCAAAAGUGAGAAAAAUGAAUGCCUCAAAAGUCUGGAGCAAAUGCACGAGGCUGCAAAGAAGAAGUUGGCUGAGGAUAAAGCCUGUUGGAUUAAUCGGUUAAAGAGCUGGGCACAAGCUAAUUUAAAAGUUUGUGUUCCCAUGCAAAGUCGCAACAACAAGCAUCUUAGUGGUCUAUGCUCAUCAAACAUUUCCCAAAAUGCUCCUGAUGUACAGAUUUGCAAUGAUAUGAACGUUGAAGGUACUUAUGCUGAUACGAAUUUGCCAGAAGCAGAAAACACAUUAGCAACCAUGUCGGGUGGCAGCACUCAACAAGUUCAUGAAAUGGAGGCUGUAAGAAAUGACAAGAAGAUGGAUGUCUCAGAUUUGUCUCAUGGACAGCCUACAAAGAUUAUGGUUACAAAGAGCCAGUCCAAUGAGCUCGCUUCUAUCACUGUGCCUGAGAUUUUGGUUCCUGCUGGCUGUCAAGAGGAAUUUGCGGCCUUGAACGUGCAUUUGUCAGAAAACCAGAAUUGUGACGGAAUAACGUCUGCGGGACCAGAUGAAGAUGUUUCGUCAAGGGUGCCAGAGGUAUCCCAGCCUCUUGAAAAUCUUGCAAAGUCUGCCUCCCCCGAGUCUUCUUUGAAUAGAGAGGAGGCUUUGGUUACAACAGAAAAUAAUAGAACAAGUCAUGUGGUUUCUGAUACUGAUAACAUUUUUGACCAGCAGAAUAGGGAAGCUUGUUCUCUUGACCAAGAUAUUUCUGACGAGUUAGCGUUGCCUAUGCCACAUCCUGCGUCUGUGGUAGAGACUAGGAGUGCUACUGAAUCUGAUCAGGAUGGUCAAGAUAUAUCUCCUAUGCCUUCUUCUCUGGCUGGAAAGCAACCUGACCCAGCAGCAAACACCCAGGGCCAAAAUCUUGAAGCAGCAAUUGAGCUUCAGUCUACUGGAUCAGAAACAGUAGAGACCACUGAUUUUGCUGCAUCACAUCAGGGUGAUCAAGUUACAUGUCCUUUGCCUUCUUCACCGGCUGGAAAUCAGCCUGCACCAGAAGCAAACAUUGGAAGCCAAAAUAUCAACACAUCAGCUGAGCCCCAUGUAGCUGGUUCAGAGGUAGUAGAGAGUGGUGAUUAUGCAGUAUCAGAUCAGGAAACAAUGGGUGCUCAGGAUGCAUGCUCUCUGCCAUCUGCAUCGUUUGGAACUCAGUCUGACCUAGGAGCAAACAAUGAGGGCCAAAAUAUCACAACAGUGGCUCAGCUUCCCACAGAUGGAUCAGAUGCAGUAGAAACCGGUGGAUCUCCUGUAUCAGAUCAGUGUGCUCAGGAUGCAUCUCCUAUGCCAUUAUCUUCGCCUGGAAAUCACCCUGAUACAGCAGUUAACAUUGAGGGUUUAAAUAACACAACAAUAGCUGAACCUCAUAUAAGUGGAUCAGAUGCAUGUGAAAUGGAAAUUGCAGAACCUGGUCCCCGAGUAGAGCGGUCAAACUUUGCAAGUCUUGUCCAUGAAGGUGGCGUGGAGCAUUCAGCUGGUGUAACAGCUCUUGUUCCAUCACUUCUCAACAAUGGUACGGAACAGAGUGCCGUUCAACCUGUUCCUCAAAUACCUUUCCCUGUGUUCAACGACCCGUUUCUGCAUGAACUGGAGAAGUUGCGGAGAGAAUCAGAGAACUCAAAGAAGACUUUUGAAGAAAAAAAAUCAAUCUUGAAAGCUGAACUCGAGAGGAAGAUGGCUGAAGUACAAGCAGAGUUUCAAAGAAAAUUUAAUGAGGUAGAAGCCGAGCAUAACACAAGAACGACAAAGAUAGAGACGGAUAAGAAUCUUGUUAUAAUGAACAAACUGUUGGCGAAUGCGUUCUUGUCCAAAUGUACUGACAAGAAGGUAUCUCCCUCAGCAGCUCCAAGGGGUAGAAUUCAGCAGCUAGCACAGAGAGCAACACAAGUGAGCGCACUGAGAAAUUACAGUGCUUCGGCUCCUCAGCAGCUUCAGGCAUCUUCUUUUCCUGCUCCUGCUCUGGUUCCGGCUCCUCUGCAACUUCAGCAAUCAUCAUUUCCUGCUCCUGGUCCGGCUCCUCUUCAGCCUCAGGCAUCUUCGUUUGCUUCUUCAGUCUCUCGUCCAUCAGCCCUUCCUCUGAAUUCCGCAAUCUGUCCAAUGCCUCAGCCCAGACAGCCUCUCAUAUCCAACAUAGCUCCAACUCCAUCAGUUUCCCCUGCAGCAAAUCCAGUUCCCAGUGCAAGUCUGCGAUCUCCUGCGCCACACCUAAACUCAUAUAGACAAUCCUCUUCCACUUCCGUCGCCACAGCUACUCCAACCUCGUCAGCGCCUCCUCAAGCUUUGACAUAUUCAGCUGUGUCAAUUCAGAAGCAGCAGCAAGAAAAACAGCCGCAACAGAGCUUGAGGAGUGGAGGAUUGCAGAUGAACAAUGACGUGGUUUGUCUUUCUGACGACGAGUGAGCUAAUAGGAGAGAUGUUUAGGGUUUAGUUGUUGAUUUAGAGAGAGUUGAUAUAUAUAUAUAUAUAUAUUAAUAUGUAUAAGUAGGUUACGUAAUCUAAUUCAGUGAGUCAGGGACCGAGUCGUUCGCUAAGGUCUCCCUUGAAAUGCAACGUUCUACUUUCAUGUAUUAGAUACAGAGUCUGAUCACAACAUAAAGUGAUGAUUGAAAAUACUGUUUAACUUUAUAGAAAACCCAAAUUAUAGAACGACAA